AUGUAUUUCUUUUCGCUGGUAGCCGCGGCUGGACUCGCGCAUGCCUACACUGUGGUCGUCGCCGAGCAGUUCAUGCUGAAAAACAUUGAUCCUAUUGUUCUUCCUGGCCAGUACAAGAGCCACAUGCACAGCUUCUUCGGAUCUGAUGCCGUCACGAUCAACACCAACACCUCGGCCGAGCUCCAGGCCGGUUGCUCAACCAACGAGAACCCCAACGACCUUUCCGGGCGGCAAACACACCCCAUCACCCCCAUGCGCUUCAGCGCCUACUACGUCAACAUCGGCGACGCCGAGAUCGCCUUCCCGCAGAACUUCAAAGCCGUUGCCGGCAACGCCAAGGGCACGUCCCAGGCGGACGUCGAGAGCGUCUACGGCAUUCAGUGGAUGUGCGAGGGCGUCUCCAACACCGACGGCGGCAAGGACGUCGCCGCCUUCCCGACCAAGACCUGCCCUACCCAUCUGCAGUCCCUCCUGCUGUUCCCGGACUGCGUCAACCCAGACACCCUCGACUCCGCCUACUCAGGCACCCAGAACUGGAGCGGCAGCUUCCGGCCCGCGAACCGCUGCCCGGCGGGCAUGAAGCGCAUCCCACAGCUGCGCUUCUCCAUCCGCUAUGAUCUGCGCAAGCUGCUACCGAAUGGGUGGUCCGGCACGCCGCCGCUGGAGUUGGCGUGCGGCUCAUCGUACUGCUGGCACGGCGAUUUUAUUAAUGGAUGGGUUCCUGAGGCGGCGGAGAAUAUGCUCAAGGCGACGGAUAAGCGGGAGUUUAUGCAGAUUGAUGGGCCGCUGGGCGGAGGGAAGGAUGGGUCCAAGUGUGGAGCGAAGAAUGCGAAAGAUCAGGAUCCUAAUCAUGGAACGAGCGAUUAUGAGGAGAGUGUGAAGAUGAUGUCGAGCAAGAGGAGUAUUGGCCGGCGUCGCAUCAUGACAGCACGCUAUGCGGACGUUCACAAGAAUCCCCAAGGCCCAGGGGAUGCGCGCCCAACAGCCAUGCAGAUCAUCCAGGACGAGGGCUUAGAGGGCCAACUAACCGGCUCCUCGAUCCUCAUCACUGGCGCAUCCUCAGGCAUCGGCGUCGAGACCGCCAAAACACUCUUCACCACCGGCGCAACCCUCUACCUGACAGCCAGGAACCUAAACAAAGCCAAACAAGCCCUCGGCGACCUAGUAUCCUCUCCGCGCGUACACCUGCUCAAACUAGACCUGGAAUCCCUCGCUAGUGUGCGCGCCUGCGCCGCCGAGGUCCUCUCCAAGACCCAAACCCUCAACAUCCUCAUCGCCAACGCCGGCGUCAUGGCCACCCCGGAAGGACGCACCAAGGACGGGUUCGAGACCCAGCUCGGAACCAACUACCUAUCUCACUUCCUGCUCUUCCUCCUCCUGCGCCCGGCGCUGCUGGCCGCUGCGACCCCACAGGCGAAUUCUCGCGUGAUCCUCCUCUCGUCCCUCGCACACCGUUACUCCGAGGUGGAGUUUGACAACCUCAACCUCGACGGCGAGUACGACAGGUGGAAGGCGUACGGGCAGAGCAAGUGCGCGCUGGUGUGGGCAGCGAACGAGAUUGACCGCCGCUAUGCCUCGCGUGGUCUGCGUGCGUUUAGUGUCCAGCCCGGUGGCAUUAUGACCGGACUGGCGCAGCACUUGUCUGAGGAAGAGCAGAGUGGAUUCACUGAGGAUCCGACACUUGGACCGCGGCUUAAGAGUCCGGAGCAGGGUGCUGCUACUUCGGUUUGGGGGGCUGUCGCCAGAGCUCUGGAGGGGAUGGGCGGGAAGUACCUCGAGGAUGUGCAGAUUGCUGAAGCGCAUGACGCCAGCGGGGGACCGUGGGCGCCAGGGUAUGCCUCGUAUGCGUAUAGCCCGGAGAAGGAGAGGAGGCUGUGGGAUGUGUCGCUGAAGUUGGUGGGUGUUGAUGAGUGA